AUGUCACUUCAUACCGAUCCACUAGAGCAAGAAGACCAAGAUGCUAUUGUUUUGGAUGCUAGAUCUGGAGAUUUAGAAUCAUUGAAAGAGAUUUUCAGUACUUUAAUUCAUCCCAAGCUCAUCACCACAUGCCAAGAUGCGGAAACACACGUAACGCCAUUACAUAUGGCGGCAGCCAAUGGGCACGUUGAAGUGGUUAAAUACAUUAUCCAAUUGGUUAAAGAGAAUGCACCAGAACAAUUGUCAAGCUUUGUCAAUAGACAAAACGACACAGGAAAUACUGCCUUGCAUUGGGCUUCUUUAAAUGGUAAUUUAGAGGUGGUUAAAAUUCUAUGUGAGGAAUUCGAGUCAGAUCCCUUCAUCAAAAAUACGUUUGGUCAUGAUUGUUUCUUCGAAGCAGAAAAUAACGGUAGAGAAGAGCUAGAAGAUUUCUUUUUGAAGAAAUAUGAUAUAGCUCCAGCAAAUAAGGAAUCUGAAGACGGCAAAGUGGGAAUUAAAGAAGGUACCGAAAUUGAGCAAGUGACAAGAGAAGCUGAAUUGGCGGCACAGCAAAAGCAACAGGAGAAAGACAACGAAACGGAAACAUUGGCACAGGAUACAAAGAAGUUGGAUAUCCGCGAUUCUACUUAG